ACUUAUCAUCGUAUUAACUAAAGUUUUAAUUUUAAAUUUUUCCUUUUGUCGUUGCCCGUAGCCACCGAAGUUAAUUACCUAUUGACUUAUAAUAAAAUUUAAUGUAGUGUAAUAAUAAAGUGUAAUCAUAAUAUAUUUAAUUUGUUACUUAUGAUGGCCAAAAGAAGUGCAAAUUUUACUUCUGAUGAAGUAGAACUUCUACAAACAUUAGUACAUAAACGAUGGAAUAAAAUUGAGUGUAAGAAAUCUGAUUCAUUGACUUGGAAACAGAAACAGUUAAGUUGGGACGACUUAGCCAAUGAAUUCAAUAGCACCAAUAGAUCUCUUGAACACCGUCCUGUAAAUAUUUUAAAAAAGAAAUGGGAUAAUUUAAAAAAAACACUGAAACAAAAAGUGACUUCUGAAAAAUCAUAUUUAAAAGGAACUGGAGGUGGACCAGCCAAAAAUUCUAUCAUUUAUAGUCAAUCUGAAAUAGAAACUCUCGACCUUAUUAAUAUUCAAGCAACCGGAAAUGAUGCAGAAUUUGAUUGCGAUUUAACUGAUGAAUCUGACAAUGGUAAUGAUAAGGAAAAUGAAAAUGUUAUUAACAAGCAGUCAACUUCAGAAACAGUUUUCGAUUCAAUGUCAAGUUAUCCUGGAAAGCAAAAUUGGAACGAUUAUUCUCCAGCGUUAUUGAAAACUAAAAUAUCUGAACCAUUAAUCAUAAAUAUACCUGCAUCUUCAGAUCUUUCACAGGACCAUGGUACUAUUAAUGAAAAACCAAAAAAGUAUACUGGCACAACCACCAAUAAAAAAUGGUGCAACCUUGCAGAUGAAAAAUUAGGUAUUGCCUCUUUAAAUAAAGACAAAAUUCAGCUUGAAAUUCUGCAAAUGAAAGAAAAACAUGCUAUUGAAAUAGAAAUACUACAAGUUGAGCUACAAAUUAAA